AUGAGUAAUUUGGGUGAGUACGCAGCACCAGCAGUUCGAUUUUCAUGCUCAGCCAGCCUCACUCCGUGUGCAUCGGCAGCUGCUUCCGAGGCUUACGAGGAAUGCGAAGAAUCAGACGAAGAUAUCGGCUUCGCCCUUUUUGACGACGAGCCUUCUCUGCCUUUCUCCCAAUUAACAAAUGUGUAUGAGGCAAGAGCCUUUGCUGGGCUGGCUAAGACCGGAGGAAAGAGACAUACAUCAGCUACUGCUCAAAGCGACGACCAAGACUCCAAGGCUAGCAGCGAAGGAUCGAAGGUGCAGCAGCGCGUCCGGUUGCAAAAAUUUGAGGGUUACUGGGACUGGUGGGGUGAAGUUCAUUAG